CUUUUCUCAUUAUAGAACUGAAUUAAAGCACUCAACUUCCUUUCCGAUUGGAAGUCUCCUAGUGGCAUUUGUAACGUUAUUCGUAAGUCAACCACAACGUUAAGAUGUCAGGAGGUUUAGAUGUAUUAUCCCUCAAAGAGGAUGAUGUUACUAAAAUGUUGGCUGCAUAUACUCAUUUAGGUGCUGAAAAUGUUAAUUUUCAAAUGGAGCAAUAUGUAUACAAGAAAAAAAGUGAUGGAGUCAGUAUUAUAAAUUUGCGUCACACAUGGGAGAAAUUAUUAUUAGCAGCACGUGCUAUUGUUGCUAUUGAACAUCCUAGUGAGGUAUUUGUCAUCAGUUGUCGUCAAACUGGCCAAAGAGCUGUUCUGAAAUUUGCACAGCACACUGGAGCUACUCCUAUUGCUGGACGUUUUACUCCUGGUGCUUUCACUAAUCAGAUUCAGUCUGCUUUCCGUGAACCACGUCUGUUGAUUGUUACUGAUCCAUCUACUGAUCAUCAGCCUAUUACUGAGGCCAGUUAUGUGAAUAUUCCAGUAAUUGCUUUUUGUAAUACUGAUUCACCUCUUCGUUUCGUUGAUAUUGCAAUUCCUUGUAAUACAAAGAGUCUUCAUUGUGUUGGCCUUAUGUGGUGGUUAUUAGCAAGAGAAGUACUGAGAUUGAGAGGUUCUAUUGCUCGUGAAACUAAAUGGGACGUCGUUGUCGAUUUAUUCUUCUACAGAGAUCCAGAAGAGGCUGAAAAGGAAGAACAAGCCGCUAAGGAAAUUGCACCAGCUAAAGAUUUCGCUGGAACAGUUGAAGUUGCAGCAGCUACACAAGCAUUCCAAACUAGUGGAGACUGGGCUGCACAGACUUCAGAACAAUGGUCGACUACUGCACAAUCUGCAACAGGACAAAGUUGGGGAGGUGCUACAACAGAGAAAUGGUAAUUUCAUUCUCUUUGAUAAUUUCAUACACUGACGCAUUUUGUACAGUG